AAGAGUUCGUUUCCGGUUUUCUGCGAUUGCUGGUGGGAGGUGAGGUGAUAUAUCUAAUAUAAAGCCAGUAUAAUUCAGUGGAGCCUCUCUAGCAGCAGGAAAAUAAAUACAACUAUGUGUGUUAGACAUAUACUCUUUCUAUUGAAUCUGAUGAAUGUCUACAACUUGGUGUCAGAGAGGACAUUAUUGGAUUGAGAGUUGUUCCUGUUUAUAAGAAUGUAGGUCCUGCAUCAUGGCCUGAAUGAUACGAAGCUUAGCUGAGACUUGAUCAAUCACCAUCAUUUCUUGUUGUGCUAUUACUUGCAAAGGAAAGAUUGUGAAAACAAUGGGAACUAAAGGAAAUAUAACAUUAUUGAACUUUUUUGUCUUCAAUGCCACUUAUGGAGCAAGGGAAGGCGAGGAAGAAAAGAAGAUUAUGUUUUAUCAUCCAAAAUCAAAUGAUCUUGAUACGAGGAUAAAACAAGUUGGCCUUUGUGAAGCUGUUGUCAAAUUCACAGAGACAUUUUCUGACAAGCCGUGUAAUAGUAUACAUACACAGAAGACAAGGCAGUUGUUCUAUGAACCAGAGCCAGAGUUUUGGAUGGUCAUGACUGUCAGUAUCCCUUUCUCGGAGAAGAACAAAGACAACAACACAUACCUGGAAUACCACGAAGAGGAUGUGCAGGAUACUGUGUUUGAUGCUAUAAUGAGACAGGCCUACAGAAUGUUUCAGUUAUUUAAUGGUUCCUUUACCAACAUAUUAGCCAAGUCUAACAAUGACAUAAAGGCCUUACAAGUUCGACUGGAGCAUUUCUACACAAGGUAUUUGCAGACACUUAAGUUAGGUUCUGCAGACAUAUUGGAUAUAUUUUGUGGGAUUCAUUUUAUGCCAUUAGACAAAAACACAUAUCUGCGGGUACAGUGUUUUAUCAACCUACUGGAGGCCAUGUUUCCUGCUGUCAAGUACACAGCCUUCCUGUACAAUGACCAGCUUGUGUGGAGUGGCUUAGAACAGGAUGACAUGAGGAUUAUGUACAAGUAUUUAACCACAAGUCUGUUCCCCACAUACCAGGACCAGGAGCUCCAGAACAGCAGUGUGUCUCCAAGCCGAGUCCCCUCACCAGCAAACACUGCAGUGCACUACGGCAAAUACAUCACUGGACCCCCAAAUGUGCGGGAUGAGACGAACCUAGGAAAGAUUCCCCUGGUGUAUAUGAACACUGAGGUAGAAAAUGAGGAGUGUCACCUCCUUGUCUACAGAGCUCACAAUGCCAGUGUCUGUAUGCUUAUUAAUGUGUCCGUCCAAUUGAACUUUGAUCUCUGUCGAAAGCUGGAUAUAUUCUUGGGACCACAGCUUACACAGAUUGCAUCAGAUAUAGGAGAACAAUAUUCCAAACGGCCAAAUAACAGUGGUGAUCCUUUGUGCAAAUAUAUCUACUUCAACCACAUGAACUUGGCUCAGAAAUCCACGGUUCACUCUGACAAGAAAUCCAUGCCAGUCCAGAUCCCAGUGGAGACCCUCCGACUUCUCAGUGAUAUCAGCUCUGACAUGUCCAGAUGCAGUGAAGAUGGAGAAACCAUUGUGAAAACAACAGGGGACAGUUGGGUUGUUGGGAAAAAAUCGGACCAAAGAGAAUUCUACGUAGUGAUCAACCAGAAAAAUACAAAUCUUAUAGAAAUUAAUGAUGAAGUGAAGAGGCUUUGUGCAAGCAACUUCAACAGUAUCUUCUUUUUGGACUAGAUUUGUAGGAAGUCGGGAUAGACUUUUCUAAUACCAGUGGUCAUGAAUAAACACAGAUUCAGGGGACUAACUUUUUAUAACGCCUGUGGGUAUUUUACACAGAUGUGGGGGACUACCUUUUCUAACGCCUGUGGGUAUUAUACACAGGGGUGGGGGACUACCUUUUCUAACGCCUGGGGGUAUUAUACACAGGUGUGGGGGACUCCCUUUUCUAACGCCUGUGGGUAUUAUACCCAGGUGUGGGGGACUACCUUGCCUAAAGCCUGUGGGCCUUAUACACAGGUGUGGGGGACUACCUUUUCUAACUCCUGUGGGUAUUAUACACAGGUGUGGGGGGACUACCUUUUCUAACGCCUGUGUGUAUUAUACACAGGUGUGGGGGACUACCUUUUCUAAUGCCUGUGGGUAUUAUACACAGGUGUGGGGGACUACAUUUUCUAACGCCUGUGGGUAUUAUACACAGGCGUGGGGGACUACCUUGCCUAAAGCCUGUGGGCCUUAUACACAGGUGUGGGGGACUACCUUGUCUAACGCCUGUGGGUAUUAUACACAGGUGUGGGGGGACUACCUUUUCUAACGCCUGUGUGUAUUAUACACAGGUGUGGGGGACUACAUUUUCUAACGCCUGUGGGUAUUAUACACAGGUGAGGGGGACUACCUUUUCUAACGCCUGUGUGUAUUAUACACAGGUGUGGGGGACUACAUUUUCUAACGCCUGUGGGUAUUAUACACAGGUGAGGGGGACUACCUUUUCUAACGCCUGUGUGUAUUAUACACAGGUGUGGGGGACUACCGUUUCUAACGCCUGUGGGUAUUAUACACAGAUGUGGGGGACUACCUUUUCUGACGCCUGUGGGUAUUAUACACAGGUGUGGGGGACCACCUUUUCUAACGCCUGUGGGUAUUAUACGCAGGUGUGGGGGACUACCUUUUCUAACUCCUGUGGGUAUUAUACACAGGUGUGGGGGACCACCUUUUCUAACGCCUGUGGGUAUUAUACCCAGGUGUGGGGGACUACCUUGCCUAAAGCCUGUGGGUAUUAUACACAGGUGUGGGGGGCCUACCUUUUCUAACGCCUGUGGGUAUUAUACACAGGUGUUGGGGACUACCUUUUCUAACGCCUGUGGGUAGUAUACGCAGGUGUGGGGGACUACCUUUUCUAACUCCUGUGGGUAUUAUACACAGGUGUGGGGGACCACCUUUUCUAACGCCUGUGGGUAUUAUACACAGGAGUGGGGGACUACCUUUUCUAACGCCUGUGGGUAUUAUACACAGGUAUGAGGGACUACCUUGUCUAAUGCUGUUGAUUAUUAUACACAGGUAUAUAGGGCUAGUUUUUCUAACACCUGUUGAUAAACACAGGCAUGAGGAUAUUAAAGUGAUUUUAAUCUUGUCUGGUACUUUGACAUUGAUACGUCGGUAUGAGUACAUAUCAUCUGAGUCACACCUUACUAUGCUGGUGAACAUUACUACCACAAAAACUCGGGAGAAGGAAUUCCUGUUUCACAAAAAAUGAGAAUAUGUGCUAAUUUUAGUCAUGUUCUCACCUGGAUAGUGAUAACUCUGAACGAAUCAUGUUUCAUCACACUUGUUUAUUGUGUCAGUGACUUUUACUCUCAUUGUUAUCUUAUUAAAUUAUUUUAUACAUGA